ACCUGUGGGCCAGUCUGGGGGAGGCCAGCGGCAAACCUGUGGACAAAAUCAUGAGCACCUGGACCAAGCAGAUGGGCUUCCCUGUCCUGCAGGUGUCUGCUACACAGGAGGGGACGUCUCGAGUCCUGAAGAUCAAACAGUCCAAGUUCUGCGCAGAAGGACCUUCAGAAGACGACAGCUCCCUCUGGAUGGUGCCUGUCAGCAUCAGCACCAGCCAAUCACCAGCCACGGCCGUCAAGACGCUUCUUCUGGACCAACGAGAGACGACCGUUACCAUCGACAACGUCAAACCUGACGACUGGGUCAAGUUGGGUUCUACCGGACACAGAACAGUGCUGAAUACUGUGAGCUGUGUAGAACUGUUGUUGUUCAUACUUCUGUACAGUUGGGUUGGGUUCUACCGGACACAGAACAGUGCUGAAUACUGUGAGCUGUGUAGAACUGUUGUUCACACUCCUGUCCUGUACAGUUGGGUUCUACCGGACACAGAACAGCGCUGA